AUGGUGUUCUAUCUACCUAGUGACUGGGACUUCUACACUGGCUCAGACCCCACUGGUGGAAAUGUCAUCUACCAAAACAAGUCAGCCGCAGAGUCUAAGAGACUUGCGUAUGUCGACUAUUCCGACUACUCGACGGUCCUUGCAGUUGAUUCAACCAGUACUGUCGCUGCCGGCGGCGAUCGCGACUCUGUUCGUAUCACGUCUCAAAACAGCUACACUGGCGGUCUCUUUGUCAUGGACGCCUCCAAAAUGCCCGUCGGCUGUUCUACGUGGCCUAGUUUCUGGACUGUUGGACCAAACUGGCCAUAUGGGGGUGAAAUCGACAUCGUCGAGGGUAUCAAUGACCAGACGAAAAAUCAGAUGACGCUUCAUAGUGGCACAAGCAACGCUUGCACCAUAGAUACGGAUGACUCCGAUGAGUAUACAGGCUCUGUCAUCUCGAGCAACUGUUACAGCACCGAGACCUCGGACUCAGGCUGCAGUAUCAAGGAUAGUAGCACAACGUCUUUCGCGUAUGGCUUCAACGAUGCAGGGGGCGGUGUUUUUGCGCUUUUGUGGGACAAUUCCACUGGCAUGUCAAUGUGGCACUUCGCUCGGGAUGACAUCCCUGAUGACCUCACGGCCCAAGCACCCAGACCUUCCACUUGGGGCACUCCGUCUGGUUUCUGGUCUGCAGAAACCUGUGACAUAACAGACAACUUCUACGACCACCAGAUGGUUAUUGACACUACUAUCUGUGGCAACUGGGCAGGUGGUGCCUACUCCAGUUCUGGAUGCCCAGGAACGUGCUCAGAUAUGGUUGCCAAUGCUUCCAACUACGUCGAUGCUAAGUGGGUCAUCAACUACGUCGCCGUCUAUCAGUAA